GUCCAUGAGAUUUGGUGCUGAUUCUCAAUGAACACAUAUCCACUUCUGAAUACCACAGUUCUCCUGCAUCUUGCUCCAGGCCACAUGCUCUGAAGCUGUCAGGUGGAGCAUCAAGCCAAAUUAGCGGCCUGCAUACGCCAGAACAAAGAUGAUAGGCCAUCAAGAGGCGCUUGUGCCGCUAGAGUUAGCUCAACUGACUGCUACAAGCGAGCUCCUGGACUCAUUGAAUUCAACGAUAUGAUCUUACCUAUCGUGUCAGCUCAUCCCCAGAACCCGAAGCUGUGCCUCUUCUUAGCUUGCGUCAGCAUAACCAUUCCUUUCAGGCAUCCAAACCAUUUAGAGAAGCGCCACGUUUCGGAAUAGGCAAGGUGACAGGCUAUAUACCCGAGCUUUUUUCAUUUUUCGUGUUCAGUCUCACCCUCUAUUUUAACCUUAUUUCUUCAUUAUCCAUAAUUUCAACCAACAUAUCAACACAACCAUUUAGAUCACAAGACAGCCAAUAUGAAGCCCCAAGUCCUUCUCACGGCUGGUCUCGCUACCGUAGCCAUAGCCGAUCAAUGGCCCAUGGCCAAGGAGAAAUGCGGUCGUCUUGGACCCAUGGAAUGGGAUCCUAAUGACCUUCCUCCCGAUGUUGAUGUCAUGCAAAUUCGAAUGUGCGCUGAUCAUCCUAUGGGGGCUGGAAAUUACUGGGGAUGGGGCGAAUAUCUUCCUGACUGGUUUCCUCGCAACCCUUUUGCUGACAUGGAAAUCGAUUGGCUUUGGUGGCCUUAGAUUGGGGUGUGAUGUGACAUUGAAGGGGUAUCCGAGAGAUGAAGAAUGCGAUUAUGCGUAGAAGCGCCAAUUUCAGUGAAUAUAACUUGUUGCACAUCUCAAUCAAAGGGGUUUUGUAUCCUAACGAGGUUUUUCUCCUUUGCAUUUCCCAAGACCUCACUUCUAGACGAGACUGAACUAUAAUUUGUUAUAAACUUCAGAAGAAAGAGCUCAGCAAGCCCAGUGUUGGCCAUCGGAAGAAGUAUGUUCAAGUAUCACAAGGUAUUAAUCAGUAUCCAG